AUGCCGGCACUCAACCCAUUCCUGCGAGCGUUCUUUCGAAGCGCACUCCCUUCGCAAUGCUCGCCGAUAAACCACCACGUCCUCCUCGUCCCCACCACCGACGUCCUGCUCAACGCCAAGGACCGCGAUAGCAACACCAGCUACGCCGAGCUUGCCGCCACCGAGGACUUCCUCGCAAGCCAUGUCCUGCGAGUGCCAGGAGGAGUGCCGCCAGGCGGUCCUCUGGGGUCCAACAAGGAUGGCGCGAGUGCACGGGAGAACAAGAGCAAAGCUAAACAGUACUCUACGAUCAACGGACGGACGGUGAUUGUGAAAGAUGCGUUUGUGUACAGCAACAAGGGCUUCAAGACGCUGAAUCAGGCGCAGUUGGUGCAGGAUAUCAUUUACUAUCCCGACACGGCAGAUGGGCAGCAAUGGUUGGUGUAUUACAUUUCGAAGCCGCUGGUCGGAUCUUUCGUGGCCACGCCCAUUGCUGCUGCCAUCAUCAGCAAUGAGCCGAGUCGAGAGCGGAAAAAGCUAUUGACCGAAGCAUCGUCCUCCAGUCCUGGUUCAUCCAAGGGGGCUGCCGGCUCGCGGAAAGAAGUCAAAAGCUUUGGGGAUCUACUGAGCCAGUUCCCGGUCAUAUCGAGGCAGAUGCAGGGCGGGUUGGAAAAGAUCAUUCGACAAUUCGUCUCGGCAAACGAUAUGCCUAUUCCAAAGGGUGUGACGAGACGCUCCUCCUUUAGCUCUCAGGCGUCGACUCCAUCUAUGGACGGGUCGAUCGCAUCCAUCAAGUCGUCGUUGUCCGGAGGUAGCGGCCACCAUCCGACCUUUAUCGAACUCGAACCGGAAGAGGAGUCCAUGCGCACUUCACUGGAGACUGCUCUCGGUGCGGCCAUCGAGCUCUUUCAGAAGGUCGACAAACAGCAGCUCUCGCUUCUCGGCACCAACACGGAGCUCACUGGGCCUGUGGUGGAGCGAAUGAUUGAAAAAUAUGUCGUGGAGCAGGUACACGACCAGACGCUGUUCCCGAGGAUCUGUGCAAUCAGAAAGGCCGACGAUGCGGAUCUUGAUUAUAAAAUCAGACAAAUGUCGGACAUCGACAUCUCCCAGGUGGGCAUUCCUAUUGAGGACGGCAUGCAGGGCAAGCGUGAGCUGGCCUCUCGGCUCAGCAAGGGCAUUGAUACUUUCAAGAAGAUGGGCGUGGCGAGUAGCCCGCAAGAAAUGCUGGAGAUUCUGCUUCAGACGCAAAAGGCGAUUACUGAGACGGAUGCGAGCACGAUGGGUUCUACCGACGAUGACAAGGAAAAGCCAUCUGCGGUGCUCACGAUCAACGCCGACGUUCUCGUGUCCAUGCUGCUUGUGGUCGUGAUUCGAAGUGGAGUACGACAUCUUCACUCUCGACUCCUGAGCAUGCGAUACUUUAUUUUCACGGACGAGGUGGAGAGUGGCGAGCAGGGCUAUGCUCUCGCUACUCUCGAAGCGGUUUUGGCGCAUUUGACGAACGGUUCUGGCAAUCUGCGGCGCAAUAGCAAGCGCAAUCGUAUGCUCUGGCAAGCUGUGAAGAGCGGGGAUCUGCAGGCUCUGGAGAACGUAUUGGAGCCCGGUCUGCGCGCGUUGAGCGAUGCAACAUUAGCGGAGUCUCCUCGGGAGCUGGAAGACGAUCCCUUUGACGAGGACCAGACGGACCCUGAUGUCUCACAAGAAGACGGGUCGCGAGAGCGCCUGCCGCAGGAGAGGCAGGAGGGUGACUUUGUGGCAGUCAACGGUUCCUUGCAGCACGUCUUUCCCUUCGAGCGACCUCCGACACCGCCGCCAGAACAAGUCGAGUCGAGAGCGAAGAAGCGGGUGUCAAUGGGACCGCUGCCCCGAAGCCAUUCCGUGUCUUCUGCAUUCUCCUCUCGCUCACACUCGCGACAUCAGAGCUUUGACUCACGGACUAGCGGCCGUUCCACCGGUGACUCCUCGUCUGAUCGACUGGCACAGACUCAAGACGCCGAAGGCAAUUCUGUGUUGAUGAUGGCCGUUGAGGCUGGCGAAGCACCGGCACUGAGAUUCUUGCUCGCCAUGCCCGCGCAUUUCCGUGCGAAUUUCGUGCUGGAGGAUGUGAAUAGCGAUGGGGCUACUUUGCUCAAUGCCGCGGUGCAAGCCGGGAACGCCACUGUCACCGAGGAGAUCCUGACAUACCUGGAAGACAACGUGUCGAAAGAUGAGCUGGUAAGGUAUUUGGCGGUGCAAGAUAGCAAAGGGCGAUGCAUGGCGCACUACCUCUUCACUCAACCGCACCUACUCAAACGCUUUGGCAAGAAGCUGCCGUGGCGGCUGAAAGACAAGAACGGCCAGACUCCUCUCUUCGCCCUAUGCAGAUCCUACGACCACGAGCAGUACCAUGGCAUGGUCGACCUCGCACUGUCCCUUGCGACGAGAUCGCAAGGUGACGGCCAGCCACUCCAUCUCGACGAUCACGUUGAUUCCAAAGGCAAUACUUUGCUGCACAUCAUUAACGACGGGAAACUCGCCAACAAACUACUUCGCCACUGUGAUGUGGACGUCAACGCUCCGAAUGACAAGCGUUUCACACCCAUCAUGGUUGGCAGCAAGUAUGGCCGCGUGGAUCUUGUCCGAACGCUGUUUGGCGAUCCGCGGAUCGACAUGACGCUGAAAGACUUCCGCGGUUUGUCAGCCGUCGAGCUUGCGAAGGACGAUGAAAUGCGGAAUCGAAUUGACGAUUUGGUCCUGCUAUCCAGUCUUCCUGACACCGAUGGCCGAACUACCACUGUCGUGCGAUCGUUCUUCCUGGAAGAUGCGACCAUCCGCUUCGUUCUCAAGUCGGGAGCCCCGAACACGAACGGCAUGAUUACCGUGACGACGUGUAGAAGGUCAGUCGCCGACUUUGAGAAUUUGGCCAGAUGGCUCGCGCUGGAGUGUCCCGCGAGCUGGCUACCAACAAACUUCAACCUCCCUUCGCCCCUCCUCAUCCCAUCCAAACCAUCUCGAGCUGUGCUGCGGGACGUCCAAAUCCGCCUGGACAACUUCCUCCGAAACCUCCUCACUCACGCGACCUUCUCCACCCACGAACUCGUGUGGGAAUUCUUCCUCGUGCCCGAAAUGGAUCCCGCUCUCCUCUCGGAGCGCAGCAAGCGUAAGGCCGAAGCCCGCGUGGACAAUAUCAAAGACGACUACGAGCCGGUGCGCGACACUCAAGAAGUCGAGAACUUCGUCGAGUUCGUGCGCGACCAAAUGCGCGGCGUCAUCGGCUCGACGAAACGCACACUGCGCUCCACAAACCGGCAGCGCAUGCUCGCCAACGACGUCGCCGAAGCGCAAACGCUCGCCUCCACCCGCCUCUCUUCCCUCCUCUUCCUCCCGCCCGCCCACGCCACCGCUUUUGAACGCUACAGCAAGACGCUCACCCCCACCGACGCCUCGCCGCUCACCGCCCUCUACUACGCCCUGCACUCCAUCCAAAGCAGCAGCACCGCCAUCUCCACCGCGCUCGACCGCCCGGCCUACCUGAUAGGCAACAUGGCGCAGCUGCAGCGCACCAUCGAGCGCAGCAUGGGCUCGCUAGGCCGCUCGGGCUCCCGCUGGAAUCCCGUGGGCAUCGGCGGGUUAUUCGAGGAGUCGAAGAAGCAGGUUGCCGUUGAGGCCGAGCAGAAGGCUGCCAAGGCUAGGCGCGAGCUGGAGAGUCUCGGGUGUGAGUUGCGGUAUACGCAGCAGACUGUUGCGGGGGAAGUGGCGGGGUGGCAGGAGGAGCAUGUGAGGCAGGGGAGGGAGAUGUUGCGGCGGUUGGCGAGGGAGAUGAUUGUGCGGGAGGGGACGAGGCUGGAGGGGAUGAAGAGGGCUUUGAGGGGGAUUAAGAAGGUGCAGUGA